AUGAUUGCAAUAUCGGCCGAAGACUAUGAGAUUCUUGAGCAAUAUCACUCGGAACCAAGAAAGAUCAAGAUCAUCCAUAUCGGAGCUGGGGCGUCUGGUCUGUUGUUGGCUUACAAGGCCGAACGAUUUCUACGGAAUUACGAAUUGAUUUGUUAUGAAAAGUCAGUUUCAGAAAGCAUGGACAACUUCAUCCCAAGACCCCGUGUGACAAAGAAACCGACUUCAGACCAAUUUUCUCGAUGCAGAAACGACUCUAUCGGAGGAACGUGGUACGAAAACCGAUAUCCCGGCUGUACUUGUGACAUCCCAGCGCACACAUAUACCUAUACUUUCGAGCCAAAUCCCGAAUGGUCUGGCUUUUACUCCUUCUCGGACGAAAUUCAGACUUAUUUCGAGAAGUUCUACGAGAAAUACAAAUUGGCACAGUACGUGCGGCUGAACACGGAGUUAUUGAGUGCGACUUGGGAUGAGAGCAAUGGAGAAUGGGAAAUUGAGCUGAAGCAUGGAGACAAAUUGUUUACAGAUCGCUGCAACGUGCUGAUAAAUGGCUCUGGAGUUGUAAAUAAAUGGAAAUGGCCGGCCAUUGAAGGACUUUCUACAUAUAAAGGCAUACUAUCUCACAGCGCGAACUGGGACACAUCCAUUGAUUGGAAGGGCAAGACAGUCGCUGUUCUCGGCACUGGAUCAAGUUCCAUCCAGAUGGUUCCUCAAUUAGCUCAGGGUUCUCAAAAUUUGACUGUCUUUGCCCGAAACAUGACCUACAUCGCUCCUCAAGUGUCAAUUACCGACGCGCAGAUCGUCCCAGAGGGCGAAAAGCCAGCAGCAGCGGGCAAACAUCUCUACGUCGAAGCGGAGAAAGAGAGGUUUCGAACCGAUCCCGAAUUCCACCUUCAAUAUCGCAAAAAGUUAGAAUCAGCCCUCACAGAAAUGUUCCCCUUGUUUCUUCGUGGGACGAAACUCAAUAUCCAAGCACGAGAAGACAUGCGAGCCAACAUGUUAGCAAAAAUGGGACUCGGACACGAGGAACUCGAGAGAUUUAUCCCCAGGUGGUCCCCAGGUUGUAGAAGACUGACGCCUGGGGAAGGAUAUCUUGAGACGCUGAUCCUGGAUCAUGUCAAGGUCGUACAUGACGAGAUCGUCCGAUUUACUGAGACCGGACUGGUGACCGCGUCUGGGGAGGAGAUGGACUUUGACAUCAUCGCAUGCGCAACAGGGUUUCAUAUUGCGUACACGCCACAUUUCAAGAUCACGGGCGUGAAUGGUGCCGUGGUGCAAGACGAAUGGAAGGAGACGCCAAAUAUCUACCUCAGCAUCACGGCGCCGAAGUUUCCCAAUUAUUUCGUCAUCAACGGUCCAACGGGGAACUGGGGUCAAGGUUGUGCGUUGCCAUCACACGAAGUUCAACUCGAAUACGCCCUCCAAUGCAUCAAGAAAAUGCAAGAAGAGCAUAUCCUCGCCAUGGAACCGCGACAAGAACCCACCAUCCAAAUCAACAGACACAUCGACGCGUGGCAUAAGGAGAAAUCAGUCUGGGCCGAGGAUUGUAGAUCUUGGUAUAAGGAUAACAAAGUCCAUGGUCGCGUAUACAUUUGGCCUGGAAGCCUUUUGCAUCAUCUGAAGACGCUCAGGACGCCGAGGUACGAACAUUAUGAUAUUCGAUAUAGAGACGAAGGAAAUAUGUGGGCUUUUUUGGGCAAUGGGAGGACGGAACUGGAGGCGGAGUUUGAGAAGGGGAAUAAAGAUGUGGAUUUGGCGCCGUAUAUUAGGAGUAAGGACGAGGCCUGGAGUCUGGAGAUGCCGAUUGAGGUGCCGAAGAAGAUGUGA